CUUGCAACUAAGCUUAAAGAAACAGGUUGGGCAGUAAGGAGCAGAAACAGCUACGUCCAUGUCUGAAUCAGACUGAAAACACAUCUCAGCUAACUCUCCUAUGGGCAACUUCAAGCAUCAUUGUGCAUCAAUUCACUACUGAUGAUUGUAACUAAGGGACUCUUAUCCCACUUGGGCAAAAAUUAUUUACUAACUUGGAGGCUGGUUUUGUGAAACCAGUUACACAAUUGUAUCAGACUGGCUGUUUGAAGAACCUCAGAGAACUGCCACUUCCUCUUGCGAAGACUAUAAAACUUGCUGCCACCAAAAUUAAUCAAAAGUUCUAGAAGAUGGAUGAAGAUGGAUAUAUGAGUAUAGAUCCAAGUAAGAGAGACCAUCCCUUGCCAGCCAUUAAAGGAAAGAAAGAUCCUUCAGUGAAUCCUCUCGUAUGGAAAGUUCUGCUUGGCAUUUCGACUGUGGGAAAUGUGGCCCUGGCUGUGCUUUUGAUUGUUCUCACUCUUCCAGCUUCAGAGAAAUUCAGUGAACCGAAUCUUCCAUCAAAGCCAAUCCCCAGUUGCCUGAUGAAUUGUAUUCCUUGUCGAUCGGCUAAGGACAGCGAUACAGCAAAUCUGACCCUGGAUCCAAACACAGCUCAUCCCAAGCUCUACGUAUCUCCUGAUUUGAAAAGUGUUAGAUGGACUGGAACGAAUAAGCAUAUGAACAGCAGUCCUCUGAACUAUGAUGUUAUGGAUAGUGUCCUUAGCCACCAGGGCUUCAAUUCUGGGAAGUGGUGCUGGGAGGUGGAGGUGGUAGAGGGAGGGGACUGGUGGGCUGGCCUCAUAGCAUUCUUUGAUGGUGACAUGAAUGCUGAAAUCUUCACUUUCCCAAAAGCAAAUUUUGCUGGAGAGAAGAUCCACACUUGGUUCUUGAUCUAUAAGUGGAAUGGACAGCUUCUUCUCCAUCUGUGA